AUGAGCCACAAAUGUGCUAUUACUGGUUGUGAUUCAAAAUGGAACCAAAGUGGUGAUUUUAAAAAAAUUCCUAUGUUCCCUUUACCAAAAAACGCUGAAAUACAAAAUAAAUGGUACAAAAAUAUAGACAAGGACGAUAUUAAUGAGAAAUUAAGUCGCGGUUCUUUAGUUUGCAUAAAACAUUUUGAACAUAAAUUUCUGAAUGCUGAUAAAUCAUUAAAUGAUAAAGCAAUUCCUACUUUACAUCUUAAAACAGGCAGUACACUAAUAGAUUACGAAGAAUUAUUAUCGCAACCAAUAAAAAAGAAAAGAGGUACAUCAGGAUUAAUGAACUUGGAAUUGGCUAGAAAGAAGAAACUAAUGAGACGCCAAAGGAUGCAAACUUUGGCUGAAAAAAGACGAUUAGCGAAAAAAGAAAAUAGCACUAAUGUCAAAGUAUCAAAAAAUAGUCCAGAUACGAUGAUGCAUUGCGAUAAAACAAAUGAUUACUUCCUUGGUGAUCGAGUCGAAAGUGAUACAGAAAAAGUUGUAAUUUCAUUGCGAUUAACAGACCUUGUUAAGCAUUUACAUGAUGAAAAGAUGAGUUUGUGUAAACAUCCUUCAUCAAUUCGUGACUCAAAAACGUAUCCGAUAUUUAAUAAAAUUAAAAAUAUUCAGGAGUUGCUUAAUAAUCCAGUUUAUUGGACAAAGGAGCAAGUUUUUAUAUUUAUUGAACACAUUACCUCUCAAAAAGCAAUAAUCAAACAUUUCGAUAAAAACGAUAUCGACGGAGAAGCAAUAUUAAGUUUAACUAAAUCAGACCUAAUAAACUUUCUCAAAUUAGAUGACAGUACAUCAGAGAUACUCGGAACAACCUUUGAACAGUUACGAAAAGAAACAAUCAUGAGAUAUGUAAAUUCAUAA